AUGGACAGUUUCCACCCGAGAGUGGUUCUUGCCAUCCAGGAAGGUACUGCCACCCACUUCAUCUUCCAACGCUUCUGCAGGCAAUGCAAGAUCCAGCCGGUGGAUUGCAACAGCAUGUCGGAGUUGAUGGACUAUGCUUCCACGAACGCCGCAGUGGUCAUCAUCGAUCAGAUCGCAUGGCUGCAAGAGCUGGAGCAUAGCGAGAGCAUCUGCCUAAUCGACGCCACCUGCUCGGGCUGGGACUUCGGGUGCCAGCAGCGGCUGGUGCCCUCCUGCUCCCUGGAGGACUUCGAGCGCUGCCUGGCGCAGGCCUUCGAGUGGCUCCAGAGGCAAAGCGCGAGCAACGAGUCCGAGAAAGCGAUGAUUCCCAGUGAGAUUGAGGUCUGGUAG